UCCGAACAGUGCUCAUCGAGUUUGCCACCAUACAUUUCAAUCACUUUCCAUAUCUUCUCAUUAUCUCAUCUUUCUCUCAGCAGCCUUCGUUAAUUACAUAUACCCCAUCUCCUCCAUUCUUUACCAUCAACUUCAAGCUUCACACUUCGCCUCACUUCAACUGACCACGCCCCAGCCAACACGAAUCACCUCGCAAUGGCUCGCAUAUUCAUCACCGGCUCCUCAGAUGGCAUUGGCCAAACCGUAGCCCGUAGCCUCAUCGCCCAAGGGCACCAGGUCACCCUUCACGCCCGCAACUCUGCGCGCGCCAAAGAGGCUAUGGCUUCAGUCCACGGCGCCGAAGGCGUCCUCAUCGCCGACUUAUCCAGCAUCUCGCAAACCAAGAAGCUAGCUCAUGACGCGAACAAGACCGGGGUCUUCGAUACAGUGAUUCAUAAUGCGGGGAUUGGGUAUGGCGAAAGCAAGAAGGUGACGGGGGAUGGGAUUGCGCACGUUUUUGCUGUCAAUGCUUUAGCUCCUUAUAUUUUGACCUGUUUGAUGGAGCGACCGAAGAAGUUGGUUUAUUUGAGUUCCGGGCUGCAUAGUGGUGGUGAUGCGAGUUUAAAGGAUGUUACGUGGACGAGUGGGAGGCGGUGGAAUGGGCUUCAGGCUUAUAGCGAUUCGAAACUCUUCGAUGUACUGCUUUCAUUCGCAGUAGCGAGACACUGGCCUGAAGUUGCAAGCAACGCCGUUUCGCCAGGCUGGGUCAGCACGAAGAUGGGUGGGGCUUAUGCCUCCGGAUCGAUGAAGAAGGCGACUGAGUUACCGACUUGGGUGGCUACCCAUGAGAGGGAAGAGACGGGGAGUGGGAACUACUUUGUUGCGCAGCAUCAAAAGAGUCUGCAUAAGGCGGCGAAUGAUGAGAAGACCCAGGCGGAGUUCUUGAGAAUAUGUGGUGAAAUCUCAGGGGUGUCCUUUCCAGAAUGAAAUUGGGGAGAAAUGAGCCCUUGGUUGCAGGUUUCCAGCUAACAGCAAGCUGUCGUGAACUCUGUUAUUCUCAUCGAUUUUUGCUCGUGAGUAUUCUACAUCACCGCAUCGAAUUGUUGUUGGUACCUGCUGCAAGUCUUCAUUACUGUAGAGUUCUAUGCGUGGCACGUUCUUUUAAUGCAACAUCGGGAGAUUGACG